CUGUCUCUCCCCAAACUGCAGUCGGUUAAACCUCAGCUUUACGAGCAGCGCGCCAGUCAGACAGGGCGAGCGGAGAGCACUGAAUCCGAGAGAGAGAGAGAGGGACGGAGAGAGAGAGAGAGAGAGAGAGAGAAGGAGAAAGAGAGAGAGGGAGAGAGAGAAAAAGAGAGAAAGAGAGAGUGAAAGAGAGAGACUGCAACAUGCUCGGGCGAGCGAACGCAUAGCUAUUGAUGCCAAUCCGGUGUAACCAAUAUGGAGCUUACAAUGGAAAAUAUUGGGAAUAUCCACGGCGUGACCCAAGCCAGCGAGCUGAUGAAUAAUUCCCACAACCGCUCGGCUUCUCACCGUAGCCUCUCUUCCCACGGGCGGCCUGCGAUGGUGUCGAGUAUGGCCUCCAUCCUGGAGGGAGGCGAAUACCGUCCGGAUCACAGCCUGUCGGGUCCGCUGCACCCCGCCAUGAGCAUGUCGUGCGAGAGUCCGCCCGGGAUGAGCCUGAGCAGCACCUACACCACGCUGACUCCCCUCCAGCACCUGCCACCCAUCUCCACGGUGUCGGACAAAUUCCACCACCCUCACCACCACCACCACCACCAUCACCCGCACCCGCACCAGAGGCUGGCGGGCAACGUCAGCGGCAGCUUCACCCUCAUGAGGGACGAGAGGGGCUUGCCGUCCAUGGGUAACCUCUACAGCCCCUACCACAAAGACAUGGCGGGCAUGGGCCAGCCGCUGUCCCCUCUCUCCAACGGCCUGGGACCAUUGCACAACUCACAACAGUCCCUGACCCCUUACGGCGGGCACAUGGCCAACGAGAAGAUGCUGUCUCCCAAUGGCUUUGAUUCUCACGCUGCUAUGCUCUCCAGGGCCGACGAGCACCUCACCAGGGGUCUGGCCGCCCCAGGAGCCGGGAUGAUGGCACAUCUCAACGGGAUGCACCACCACGCUCACCACCACGGCCAGACCAACGGCUCCAUGCUGUCGUCUGAACGCGACCGCCAGGCGUCCGUGUCCGGCUCUCAAGGCAACACCUCCAACCAAGUGGAGGAAAUCAACACCAAAGAGGUGGCCCAACGGAUCACAGCCGAGCUCAAACGGUACAGCAUCCCGCAGGCCAUUUUUGCACAGCGUAUUCUGUGCCGUUCCCAGGGCACCUUGUCAGACCUGCUGAGAAAUCCCAAACCCUGGAGUAAGCUCAAAUCCGGGCGGGAAACCUUCAGGAGGAUGUGGAAGUGGCUCCAGGAACCCGAGUUCCAAAGAAUGUCAGCCCUGAGGCUUGCAGCCGGAAGAGUGGGCCGACAGGAUUUAAAAUCCUCCACGGUAGAGAUGAAAGCUUGCAAGCGUAAAGAACAAGAGCAAAACCGAGACCGAGCCACCACCCCCAAAAAGCAAAGGCUUGUCUUCACCGACCUCCAACGCCGCACCUUGAUCGCCAUAUUCAAAGAAAACAAGCGGCCGUCCAAAGAAAUGCAGAUCACCAUCUCGCAGCAGCUGGGGCUGGAACUCAACACGGUCAGUAACUUCUUCAUGAACGCACGCAGACGUAGCAUGGACAGGUGGCUGGAUGAACCUUCCGGAGCCAACCUGCCCCCGGUAUCCGCUGCAAGCACUUUUACCAAAGCGUGAACAGAGAAGAAAGAGAGCGCCUGGGGAGGAAUCUCUCUCUCUCUCCCUUCCCUAGCGACAGGGGGGUCUUCGCCACUUCGCUCUGGAAUUAAGACAGGAAAAAAAAAACCCAAAACAACAACAAAACCAAAAAAAAAAAGGCUUUAAACCAAAUAAAAAAGACACGAUUUUUAAAAUAGAUAAAUUCCAAAGAAAAAAAAAUCCAAUCGGAGACACGUGUACACCUUUCUCUACGCCAGGGUUUAUAGGGGCUGGUGGAGAGAUAAGUUGGACGAGUGUCACUGGAUAAAACAUGCGGGUCUGGAAGCACAGAAGAUAAAAAGUACAUAUUCGGGUAAUUUUCAUGACAAACUCUCGCACUAUAAAGGUCAUUUUAGAAUAGCCUGUAUGAGGAAAUGACCUAGUCAUAGACUAUAUUAAAAAAAAGUGUUUGUUGAUACUUAAGUCUGGAUGGAAUUUAUUUCCCAAAUGUCUCUUGUUACCAAAGAAGAUUAAACACAAAAAAAAACGAAACCAACUUGGAAUCCAAAGAGAACUUCCUUCUCCCUUGCCCCCCCCCCUUCAAUAUUCUCCACAUCCCCCUCAGUCCUGCCCCUCCCCCCCCCCCACUCCUUUGCCCCAAAACAAAAAAAAAUAGUUCGAGAUCGAUUUGUCACUCAAUGGCUAAUUGCAGAAACGAGAGGGAACCGUGUGCCAAUAGCAACAGCUGCCUUAAUGAUACUCAAAUAGGAUGGUACUACAUGACUUGUUGUUGCAAUAUUUACAAGACGACUUGUGCCAUAUACAAAUACAAACAAAAAAAAAACACAAAACAGAAUUUUUUUUCCACGAAAAUAAAGUCUUUUUUAAAUGUCUCGGUCUAUCGUACGAGGCAAUGACAUCACUGGAAAAUGAAUUUUUAAAAAAUGCGGGUAAUGUGUACCACCUAACGAUAAGGUUCUUUUUCACUGAACUGAUAUGCUUUGCUGUGGAAGUUAGGCACCUUGACAAAGACAAAAGUUUAAAAAAAAACCUAGUAGAAUUAAACGGAAACUUACCAGAUUCACAAAAGAACCAAACAAAAAUAAUCAUGAUUUUGGUGUGUAAAAGUAAUAACAUUAUGAUGAAUAGUACAAUGUUAAAAAAAAAGAAAAUAAUAUUAAGGUACUAUAGAAGUGGCACAGAUGGAAUGUCUGAUCAGUAAGUCGCUAAAACUUCUCUAAUGUUGUUUCUGUCUUGUGAUGUGGUAAAGCUUGAUUCUUUAACCAAAUCUAGUAGUAUUAAGUAGGAAGCGGAAAAAGCUUCCAGUUGUGAACUUUGUAGAGACAUUUAUAGUGAGUACCAAGGCGGCUACCUCACUGAAUUUCAAUUGUGAUUUUAAAAUCACGUCUGAUACCAAAGAAUUUCUUGCACGAUCUGCGUUUUGAAAACUUUACCCGCUCUCGAACCUCACAGUCUUCGAAAAUUGCAAACUUGCCCUGAUACCAAAUAUACUCCUCAAACCGUUCACUGCGAUGCAGGAAACCGCUACAGAGAGUGACCACAAGAUGAGUGCCUUGCUUGAGCUAAAGCGAUGAUAUCUGUAGAUCCCUGGGCGUUGAAACUUGUGUAAACCUCAGUUUUAGAAUCAAGAGUUUUCUGCCCUAAGCCUUUCACUCAAUUGCGAAGUAAUCAGGGGAUGGGGGAGGAGGGGGGUCGAGGGGGGGAGGGGGGGGGGGGGGGGGUGGUAGUUGACUACUUUUGAUUGAGACAAUUCGGAAAGAAGGGGGUCACUGUCCUUGGAUUUAAAUCUGGACGGUGGGGUUAACCGAUCGGCCGCAGGGCAAUUGUUGUGGUUGGCUCAAAUCAACGUUGAACCCCUUGGUAAGAAUGCAUGAUAUUAGUGCACAUGUUUUGUCAUUUUAUUAAACAGAAGAGUGUGAGUCUGGGAUUGUUAUUAAAAAGCAACUUAUUCGGAAAUAUCGGUUUUUGCAUUGUUGCAAAAAGCAUAAUAUAUGCUGUCUGUUUUAUGUGUGUCUGCGUGUGUGUGUGUGUGUGUGUGUGUGUGUGUGUGUGCGUGUGCGUGUAAUAUGUACGUAUUUAUUUAUUUAAUUUAUGAUUUAUUAUUUUUUUUUGCUCAUCUGCAUUUUAAAACAUUGUGCUUUUUAUAAAAUAAAAGUAAUUGCAGGCAUAACCAAGUAUGUAACUAGUUUUGGGGAUUGAUGUCCGAGUUUGGGAUUUGGAGAUUCAUGGACAAAAAGGUGUCUGUAUAUAUUACAUCUAAAUAAAUAUUCGAUAGAGCGGGGGAAAACUUCCAAUAUUUCUCAUGUAGCUCACACCCGCCUUGGUUGGGGCUGUGGCUUGAGGUGAUUCUUAUAAAUAAAGUACAUAUGGAAUUCAAGGAAACAUUGAGGAAUGGGAGCAUUUAGAUUUAAAAAAAAUAUGGAUUCAUGUGAAGCGAUGGCCGCGUAAGUAUUUUCUGGGAAUUUCACACUGAAUCAAAAGAGUUUGUGAAUACUUCCAGAGAAUCUCCGUGAAGUGGAAACUGUCCGUUGAACUAUUCCUUAAUGUGAUCACCUUCUGAAUAAUCCCAUAGCGAAUUACUGUUGCCCAGGUUAUACAUUUCACAGUGUGAGUUUAAAAUGACAUGUAGUUGCACAUUAUUUGUCGUGCUUGGUCCUACCGUAAUGCCCUGGGUCUAUUUGGGAUUAAGCAUACUUUAUUUUAUUGCAUGGAUGAAAAUUAAUCGAUAAAUAAAUGAAUUUAGUCUCAGCAAGGAUUAUGUGUUAGUGAACCAUUGCUGUUAAAUAGCUCAUCACAUUGUAGGCUCCUGUGAAUGAAAUUGAAAAACAACAGUGUUACUUAACUGCACGGAGAAAUCCCUUUCCCAAAUAACCUCCUGGGGAAAAAAGCCAAAUUUAAAAAAUCCGACGUUAGUUUUCAUAGAAUAUACACAUUAUGCAAUGCUUCUAUGUGUAAUGCAAGGUGAUUUGAAGCAUUUUUAAUAGUGCUCUCGUGGCUUACACUAAUUCUGGGUUAUUCUUUCAUUAUUUUGUGAACUAAACUCCAAUUUCCAUCGAGCGUACUCUCUACUCUGCGGUUUAAUUAAUAACAGAACGGAUCACUUUCUGCACGGUAGCGGUGAGGGUUCAGCGACAAUCCCCAGUUAAAUAGAUGCAUUACAGAGCAAGUACAAUCAUAUUUUAGUCAACGUCCCACUCAAGAGGGGUUGACUGAGGAAGCAAAGCAAACCUUCUCAUUUGCACAUGUAUAAAAACUCAUUGUCGCUCAUCUUCAUUUCAGCUCUUAAAAACACAGAACGUGUGCACUAACAUUCUGGUGGUUUGUGACUGGCUUUAAUGAUACCAAAGUGUUCUAAGAAUAUACCAAAGUUCCCAUCGCUGCGGGUGGGCAGAUGACACAGACCGUGCAAGUUUUGACAAUUUCUCAGAAAUACCUCAACUAUUAAUGUAUAGUUUAUGUGAUAAAAUACUAGCUAGUUUUGGAAAUUGUGACUUGAAGCUUUAUACUGUUAAAUUAUAAUUUUGCAGAAGGUAGCAUGUAUACUUUGAUGCGUUCAUGGAAGACAUAUGAAUGUUAUGGCAAUGAAUUAGAAAGAUGAUGCUGGUUGAUUAAGGACCCUGGAGUUUACAAUUUUCAUACUUUUACAGUCCUUGGAGGUAAUUUUCUGUUCCGAUGUGUUUCUUUCUGAGUCAUGUCUUAAUACAGUAUUUAUAAGUGUUAUGUGUUCAGCUGUACCUGAAAAAGACGAUGAACUGAACUUAUGAUUUAUGCAUGAAUAUGUACUCUUUAUAGAGCUAAUGUAUGAUUAGUAUUGGGAAAUGAUUGAUUUUAAAUCCAGAUUUCAUUUUGAAUAGGAAUUAUGCAUGGAAACUGUUAUUUGUUGCAUAUUGUGGAAGAAUCUUUGUAUAUAUUGUGUUGUGAUGACACUCUGACUGAAUCGAGAGGUGCUGAGGUUGUGCAUUAACUGCAGGAGGUGUCGGCCUACAGUCAUCGCCCUGGAACUGAGCCAACUAGCUCUUAUGGAAGGAAUUCAAUAUCUAGCUGAGCGAGGCCGGCUAUAGAGUACGGAUAGGAAGGCAGCAAGUGAGAAAAGAUGUCCAUGAUUCUGUGUAUACAUUUGAAAAAAAAAA